AUGGGUUCCAGCGCCUCGAAGCCCUCUGCUGCGGCGCCGCAUGUGUGGAAGGCGCCCGCCCCGGCUGGUGUAUCGCACACUCUUGUCGAGCAGUUGGAGUCUAGCCCCGAGACCGACAUGUCCCGCCAACAGGCCCUCGAGCUCCAAGUCCAAGCCCGCGUCGCUGAAGAGUUGAAGCGACUCCGGGCCGCCGAAGCCGCCAAGCUGCAAGAAACUCUUAAAUCCUCUUCCUCCGACGAGCAGCAACAACAACAAGAGAACGGCAUUAGCAGGCAAAAGGUCCAGAAGGAAAUCGAGGCUUUGCGUGCCAAGCUUGACGAGCACCGCAAGGUGCGCCCGCUGCCCGAGAGCACGGAGACGGCGCGCAGCGAGGUGGUGCGGUGUCUGCGUGAGCACGACCGCCGGCCGCUGGACUGCUGGAAGGAGGUUGAGGCUUUUAAGGAGGAGGUGCGGAGGCUGGAGAAGGGAUGGGUUGACAAGGUUGUUGCUUAA